AUGGGAAUCACAGAGCAAAUGCAACUGAAGGGUACCCUCGACGGUCAUUCCGGAGCGGUAACCCAAAUCGCCACCUUCCCACGUGGUGACAAGACCACCGUUAUUUCUUCUUCUCGCGAUCGCAGCAUCCUCGUCUGGGAGGUUGAUAACCAAGCCAGUGAGCACGGAACUAUCGGAAGACCAGUUAAGUCUCUUACUGGACACGCUCACUUCGUAUCCGAUGUUGUCAUCUCUUCUGAUGGACAAUUCGCCCUCUCCGGAUCUUGGGACAAGUCUCUCCGUCUUUGGGAUCUUAACACCGGUCAAUCCACCAGACAAUUCUGGUCUCACACCAAGGACGUUCUCUCUGUUGCUUUCUCCGCUGACAACAGACAAAUCGUCUCCGGAUCUCGCGAUAGAACCAUCAAGCUCUGGAACACUCUUGCUCAAUGCAAGUACACUAUCACUGAUGAGUGCCACAAAGAUUGGGUAUCUACCGUUAGAUUCUCUCCCUCCACUCGCGACCCCGUCAUCGUCUCCGCCGGUUGGGAUAAGGUCGUCAAGGUAUGGAACCUUGGUAACUGCAAGCUGAAGACCAACCACGUUGGACACACUGGAUACAUCAACACCGUUACCGUUUCUCCCGAUGGAUCCCUCUGCGCUUCCGGAGGAAAAGACGGACAAGCCAUGCUCUGGGACCUCAACGAGGGCAAGCACCUCUACACCCUCAACGGAAACAACAUCAUCAACGCCAUGGCCUUCUCCCCCAACCGUUACUGGCUCUGCGCCGCCGUUGGACCAGUUGUCAAGAUCUGGGAUCUCGAAGACAAAUCAGAGCUCGAAGAGCUCAAGCCCGAUGUCACCGGAACUGGAAAGAGCGGAUCCGCUGCCCCACAGUGUACCUCUCUCGCCUGGUCCCAGGAUGGACAGACCUUAUAUGCUGGUUACACCGACAAUGUUAUCCGUGUAUGGCAAGUCUCUGUUCGUUCCAACUAA